AUGAAUGGUUUUAUAAAUUUGGCACAAAAAUUGUUAACACUGUUUAGUUUACAAAGCAGAGCAGAGACCAGAGAGGUAUCUGCAGAAUCUUCACAGAUGGGGAGCGUGAAAAUUCUCUGCCCAAAGCUCAUCUUCCACAACACUGAUUCGGGUCCCGGAAUCUAUUGGCUCGUCGGAUCACCAUUUUUCCCGCCACUUACCGUCGUCUCCUCUCUCAGAUGUAUCCACGCCCUUGCUUCUUCCGACUCCACUUCCCCAGAUUUACGCCAAGAAUCAGAAGAACUUCGGACUCUGAUAAUAGAAGGAUUUGAGAUAUUCGGAGCCUUGACCUUUGGAGACUCCGAUUUCGAGAAAAAUGCUCGGAAAUCCAUAGAUGCUGCUCGUGGAUUAAGGAAGCUUCUUUACGGCGAAGGCAAAUGCGAAAAUCAACCUGUUGUAGCAGCAGUUGCAGGUUUGGAUGCCAGCGACAUGCGAUUUUUCGUCUCCAAGAACGGCCAUGAAACAAGCCUCGAAUCUGUUACGUCAAUUGUAUACGAAGAUCAUCCAGAGAAGUAUGUAUGGGAGAAGGGCUGUUUGCUUCGGUGCGAACUUCCAGUUAAGUUGCCGGUGUAUUAUGCUGUAAACAAUCCCAGUGAUAUUGAGAAAGCAUUUUCUCGUGCAACCGAAGCUGUUGUUGCCAAGUUAAGAGAUCCACAAGCAGUGUACAUGUUAGAGACAUCAAGCAAAGCCUCUGUGGAUCAAUCUCCACGAGCCAUAAUCCGAGGUGUACAAUUAGACUUUAACACAGAUCUCUCCAAGGUCUGGCCUUUGGCUGUUGGAGGUGAUGGUUCUGAUGCAAAUUUGCUUUCAUCUUCUUACUUUUCCAUGAAAAGUAAAGCAGGCUCACCAAUAUUUUCUGUGGAGAAUGCAGAUACCAUCCGAGUUAGUGUUCUCUUCAAUAGCUUAGAGAAGUCCUCAACUCCUGCUGCCCCUGUUGCUGAGUAUCUUCCAGUCCAGGAGGAAGCCAGACUACUCAUAGUAGACAUGAAGCUUGAUAUACUCUGCUAUGCAGCAAAGGAGCUUCCACUUAGCUAUGCAGUUUCGAGUUUAGUCAUCCCUGGUUUAGUGGACCAGAUAAAUAUGCUAAAGAACUUAAUCUUGCCCAACUUUUUGGCACAGCAUCCUCAGCUACGUCCUUAUCACUUUAAACCUCCUGGGGUUUUGCAUCCAAUUACCGUUUUCUAUGAACUUAGUUUUGGGGAGACAGAAUCAAAGCAGGUUGAAGUUAGAAGAUCCUUACACUCAAGGCUAGGAUUGCCUUAUGACCGGCCCCUUCUAAGAAUUGCUAAUGCCUUGGAUUUUUCAAGAUUGAAAAGCAGCGGGAGUGAUUCCCUGCAGAAGGGUUCUACAUUGCUCAGAGAUGUGCAUAUUGGAAUACCUAGCAGUGGGGUUGCUGGGGGACUCGUUUCCCUUGUACAAGGUUCCUAUGAAUACCACCAUUAUCUUCAGGACGGUUUUAAUGAUUCGGGUUGGGGUUGUGCUUAUCGCUCUCUACAGACUAUCGUCUCAUGGUUCAGAUUACAGAAUUACACAUCCAUAGAUGUUCCUUCUCAUAGGGAAAUACAGCAGUCACUUGUUGAGAUCGGUGACAAGGAUCCCUCUUUUAUUGGGUCAAGAGAAUGGAUUGGUGCCAUUGAGUUGAGCUUUGUUUUAGACAAACUUCUGGGCGUUACUUGCAAAGUAAUCAAUGUUAGAUCUGGAGCUGAGCUUCCUGAAAAAUGUCGAGAGUUGGCAUUGCACUUUGAGACCCAAGGGACUCCUGUUAUGAUUGGUGGUGGUGUACUUGCUUACACACUCUUGGGAGUGGAUUACAAUGAAGCAAGUGGAGACUGCGCUUUUUUAAUUCUUGAUCCACACUAUACUGGCACGGAUGAUCUGAAGAAAAUAGUGAACGCGGGAUGGUGUGGGUGGAAAAAAGCCGUAGAUAACAAGGGAAAGAAUUUCUUCUUACAUGAUAAGUUCUAUAAUCUGCUGCUGCCGCAGAGGCCCAGCAUGGUUUGACAGAUACUAAUGAGGAGACCUAAUUCCUCAUCUAUGUUAUUUCUUUUGCAACAAACAAUAAACAUUUGAAUCGAGAAAAUUAGCUGCCUCACUUUUGACUCAGUGAUGUUCUAUAAUUCAGUUUCUGCAUCUUUAGUAGAACGUAUUGAUCUCA